GCAACACAAUAUUUUAGUCAUUAUUAACCAAUCCUGUUGCACAAACACCUAGUAACUCCUUAGUUUAGCUAUCUUGGUUUGUUGUAUCAUAGGCAUAUGACAUCUCCUGUCUCAUCGGCCAGCUCUCUGAAGAAGUGACGAGUUGUAGGAGCCUCUCUUCUGCAGAAGUAAAGAAUUCUGACUUUGAACUACUGGUACUGAUCUCCAAAAAUGCAGCUGCACAGCCUCGUCCUGACAUCAGCCAUUCUCAUCACGGUCAUCUGGUCUUGUCUAGCCGAGGAGCCCACAAAGACGACCUUCUGUAUGGAUACGCCAGGAAGGAAUGGAAGAGAAGGAUAUCCUGGGCCACCUGGCCCGAAAGGAGAGAAGGGAGACACAGGAGAGCCAGCUGACAUGCGCCGCAUUGUACAACUGGAACUAGAAAUUCAAGCUUUGAAGACCACGAUUUCCAAUCUUGAAAAACGUAUGCAGUUUAUCUACUGGAGCAAACACGGUCAAAAGAGAUUUGGCACCAAAAAUGACAAACUAACCUUUGAUGAGGGAGUGAAGCUCUGCAAGGAAGCCAGUGGAGAAAUUGCAAUGCCAGCAAAUGAAGGAGAGAACGCGGCCUUAAUGAAGCUCGUGAAUUCUUCUGGGGCCGCAUACCUCGGCCUGAACGAUAGAGUGACAGAAGGCAGGUUUGAAGACGUCAGUGGGAAUCGCGUGAAAUUCACAAAAUGGAAGUCAGGGGAGCCCAAUAAUUUCUAUGGGAAUGAGGACUGUUCUGUAAUAACAUUUGAUGGGACUUGGAAUGACAUUACAUGUAGUGAGAGUAAUACCAUAAUUUGUCAGUUUCGGUAAAAUGGGAUGGAAGGAAGUCAGAUGUAGACAUAAGAUGUCUGCACGUUUUUUCAGAUAUUUGUUCAGCACACUCUCUGUACAGCGUGUCAUGAGUAUUCAAUGUCUUAUUUCACACAGAGCUAUGGCUGCUCUUUAUUUUUUAAAAAUUUUUCAACAAGUUUUGUUUUAGCGAGACGGCCAUGAAAACAAAAGCAGCCGAUUAAAGGACAAAUCAAGAGAAUCGUUCAACAGAAGCAGAGGUGAAACACCAAAGUAGAGAUUGUUAAACUUUAUCCUUUGGGUAAAAACAAGUUCAAAUUUGUUAAUAAAUUCUUUAUCGUAA